AAGUUUAACUGGACCUAAGUGGAAUAUUAGAAAGAUCAAAUCAUACUUGACAAAAAAGUUGAGGUACUAAAAACCACAAUUGAGCAAUCCAAGUUAGAGGAAUAUACAAAUACCCCUUUUGUUUUCCAUAGGAAGAGCAAUAAUUGUGAAGGAAAGAAAGAGCGGCGGAGAAAUGGCAUCGAACGCAGCAGCACCAUUUUGGAGGUCAGCUGGGAUGACUUACAUAACAUACUCAAAUCUCUGUGCUAAUCUUGUCAGGAACUGCCUCAAGGAACCUUACAAGACGGAAGCUUUGAGCCGUGAGAAGGUCCAUUAUUCCAUUUCUAAAUGGGUUGAUGGCAAACCUCAGAAACCCACCCUCCGAUCUGAUACUCCUGAAUGAAGAACGAGGAUGGAUCUUGGGAUUUGUUUUUGAUGUUAUAUGAAUUUUUGUUCUGCUCCUGUGCUGGAGCUUGCAUUAACUACUGUUGAUCUUCUAAUAACGACGUAGUAACUAGACUUUGGUCCUACACAUGCUGGGAUUGAAAUCGGAAAGUGAUUUGGUGAUUAGCAAUAAUCUCUUGGCUGUAGCGUCUUAAAAGGCAACACUCGUGUGUAAUGCAAAAGAUUUUAAGACUUUGUUCUCA